CUAAAAAUAUCUUUAGAUUGGACUUUCCCGUGCCCCACCAUUUACACCGGGUUGAAAAUGACUUUUCAUACAUAAGACAUUGACACAAUAAUCUUCAGAUAGUAACUUCAAUUUUGAUAUUAUUCUAAUGCUUGUAUAAAUAAAUAUUAUGACACAGGUUUUAUGGUUUGUGGUAGUGGCAACACUUUGGGGUGGAACAAAUCCUCUAAUUAAAAGGGAAAGUCAAGGAGUUGAAAGAAUUAGAAGAAAUAACAAAGUUAAACAGAUUCUUGCAGAACUCUAUUUCCUCUUUUCUAACUGGAAGUACUGUGCAGCAUUCCUUCUGAAUCAGUCUGGAUCUGUGUUAUUUUACCUCACUCUAGCUUCAGUUGAGUUGUCCUUGGCUGUUCCUGUUACAAAUUCUCUUACUUUUAUAUUUACUAUGUUAUCCGGCCAUAUCUUGGGAGAGAAGAUUCAGAGUUUAGAAACAUUUAUUGGAGUGGCUCUGGUUGUAUUAGGAGUAGCAUUGUGUGUUUCAAAUAAAGUUUAAAGCC